CAGCCCUCACCUCGCCCCGACGGCGGCCUUCGGAAGUCGGCGCCCGCCAGCUACCCGCCGCCUCCUCAGCAACCUUAGCCGACCGGGCGGACCCGGCCCAGGUCACCGGCGGCCCAGGCGCAGGCGGGAGCAUCCAAUCAACGUCGACAGCGUAGGCCCCACCUUUCGUGGGUCGAGUCGCUUGGCGGUCGUGGUUCGGGAGGUUCCUCGGGAUGUCGGUGGCUUUCGUACCGGACUGGCUGAGGGGCAAGGCGGAAGUCAAUCAAGAGACUAUCCAGCGGCUCCUUGAGGAGAAUGACCAGCUGAUCCGCUGUAUUGUGGAGUAUCAGAACAAGGGCCGGGGGAACGAGUGCGUCCAGUACCAGCAUGUGUUACAUAGAAAUCUCAUUUAUUUGGCUACCAUUGCAGAUGCCAGUCCAACCAGCACUUCAAAGGCAAUGGAAUAAUCUUUCAAAAGCAAUAGAAUAAUCUUCCAUUUGGCUGUUGUGAGGAGUAAUUGAAUGUAAUCCAUCUCUUACAAAAUGGAGACAGGACCUUUAUCAACUCAACUGGUUAAAACAUGAAUGAAACCUCCGUGGCUCUUUCAAAAAAUGUGAAAAUGUGAAGAAAGCUCCUAACUUCAACUGUAUUCUCAAUGUAAAUAUUUUUUAAAUAAUUAAGCAAAUCCCUCAAUAAGUUGAGCCCAGGUGUCCUCUUUCCUAAACUUGGAGCAUGUUUGGAUAACAAAGACAUCACUGGGAUGUUCAAGUCUACUUUUUAGUUUCAACCUGAAGAGGAAACUGAGUAGGUAUUGGGCAGGAAUUGGUGAGACUCCUGACUUGAGACCUUGCUAAAUGGACAUGUAACUGUAUGCUCCUUCCUACCAGUUUGCAAAUGUGGUCCCCUGACUGCUGUUUUCAGAUUGCUUUGAAAUAAAGCUUAUUUUUCUAUAAAAUA